UAUGUCUUCCCUCGAUACUGAGGAUGCCCCCCAAGAACCCUCGCUCUCAUCCUCAAGCUCCAAGAAGAAAAAGAAGAAAAGAAAGUGGCUUCAGCAAGAGGCCACCAUCCAAGCCCUCACCAGGGCUGGCCACAGGGCCCUACUGGCUGGCCGGAACCGUGAGGCCUUGACCAGCUUCCAGAGGGCCUUCCUCCUGGCUUCCAAGUCACCACAAACCAGAGACACCCCUGUUCUCCAGGCCUGUGCCUUCAACCUGGGGGCUGCCUACGUGGAGACUGGGGACCCAGCCAGAGGCCUUCAGCUGCUCCUACGCGCUCAGCCUCAAGAGACGGCCCCGGGCGGGUGUCAUGGCGACCAGUGUUUCAAUGUGGCUUUGGCCUACCAUGCCCUGGGUGACCUGCCUCAAGCCUUGGCCUGGUACCACAAGGCCCUGUGCCACUACCAGCCACUAGGUGACCAGGGACAAGCCCAGGCAAAAAUGGGAGCCUGCUACCGGGCUCUGGGACAGCCUGGGCUAGCAGCCCACUGCCUGCAAGAAGCGAGCCGGGCCUAUGCCCAAGCAGGGCAGCCCCAGGCUUCAGCCCUGGCACUGGGGGCUGCAGCAGGGUGUAUGCUGGAGAGCGGGCAGCAUGGGGUGAGUGAAGUCAUGCAGGUGCUGGAGGAAAGUCGGAGGCUUGCUGAGAGAAGCACUGAGCAGGGACUGCUGGGGCAACUCUAUAACGAUCUAGGCCUGGGCUACUCCCAGCUCCAGCUGUUCCCGCUAGCGGUAGAGGCCUUCCUGCAAGCCCUGCCCCUGUGCCGGGAGCCAGGAGAGGAGGCCACAGUGCUAAGGAACCUUGGGAUGGCCCACAAUGCCCUCGGCAACUAUCAGGAAGCCCGGGAGUUCCACCAGAAGGCUGCCGACCUGCACGGCUCUGUGGGGCAGCGGAGGGAGCAGGGCUGGAGCUUUGGCAGCCUGGCAUUUGCAAUGAGCCAGCUGGGAGACCACAAGGCCGCCAGAGACAACUACCUUCAUGCUCUGCAGGCUGCCCGGGACACUGGGGAUGUGAAGGGGCAAUGGCAGGCCUGUGAGGGUCUGGGGGCUGCUGCAGCCAGACUGGGACAGCAUGACCAGGCUCUGAAGUACUAUAAGGAAGCGCUGGCCCGGUGUCCGAAGGAGUCAGAUUCUGUGCGAGAGCGGCUGGUGGCCAAGCUGACAGAUGCCAUAAGGACCCACUUGGCCCGGGGUGGGCUGCUUCCGACUCACACCCUGACCUCAGCUCCAGGGAGAUCCCCGGCUCCAGGUGGCGCCUGCCUGGUGGAAGGGACCCCAGCCAGGGUAGACAGGGGCACACUAGGAGUGCAGCAUAGAUCUUCUGGUGGGUGGGAAGAUGAGUUAGAGGAAGGCCACGAGGAGAAGGAGGAAGAGUCAGCGAAUGUUCCCACAACAUCUUGGGCACCAAGGCUGGAGGGCCCAAGACCCAAGACCCAUCUCUCAUUUGGAGGUCAAGGCCCCCUCAGAAUGGAGAACCCUGGCCUUCUGGUACCCAGCAGGCCCCGUGGCAAUAGCAAUCUGCACAACCUUCACCCAGCUCUGGAGGUCCCGAGUGUCCCCCGCCUCCUGCAUGGCCUGAGUGUAGGCCUUGGCGAAAGGGCGAGUCCUGCUGAAUGGGGAAACACACGGCUUCAGCGUAUUCCCCCCUGCCCUGGAGCCCACCAGCCAAGGUCAUUCAGACAGCCCAGGAAACCUCCCGGCAGGAACCCUCAGAGGAGAUCCAUGGAGUCUGGCUUCUGCAUAGUCAUUGAGGACUGCAUGGGCAUGGAAGACAAUGUCUGCAAGUGCGCCCCCGAGCAGGCUGGACAAGGGCUUGGCAGUCUCAGCACCAAGGCAUUCUGGGUGCUUCUCAUCAAGAUUUUUGGAUUCAAUAGGGAAAAGAAAAAAGGAAAAUGGAUGGUAAAUUUCUCCCCUUUCUUUCUGGCAUCAAACUUCACAAUCUGGCCUUGCCAGUUCUUAAAAGCAUGACAUCUUGUUUAAGACACUUUAGGGUCACUGACUCCAUUUUCUCAUAUGGGAAAUGGGGAUCUCAUGCUACAGAAGAUCCACCUUAACUGAGCUAUUGAUGCACUCCUCUUCCUCCACACACAAAAAAAGCAGAUGCUGGAUGCAGGGCCCCUCGGGCCUAUAGCAGCAGUACCGCUGCUAGCUGCUGCAACAACAGUAUUUUGUAACAUUGCUCACUUAGCAUAUGCCAUACCCUGUUGUACGUGCUUCACAAGUGCCUUCUCCUUUAAUCCUCACAGCAGAUGAAUCCUCUUUCACAGAUGAGGAAAAGAAGGCACACAGGUUAACUGGUUUACCUACCAAGUCACACAACUAGUAAGUGAAGCUGAGAUUCAUACCUAGGCAGUGAGUACCUUUAGGAUGCUGGGCAGUUCAACUCCCCCAGUUAAGCCACUGCUUACCAACAGUUGUUCGUGUUUGAUACCAAAUGUGUUUAUCCCAAUUGUACGUGUUAUUGUAGUUUGUAAUUAAACUGAUGAACUAAGAGUGUGAAAACAAGCUGUUUCUAUGACAACUAAAUUGAAUCUUUGGAAGAUGCAAUUCAGGUGAGUGACUUUAAAAACUACUGUUGAAUUAUAUGUGAGCAGAGAGACUAUUAAAAAUUGGGGGGAAAUCAUAAAAAUCUCGAUGAAUUUUGCACUCAGAUUGCUUUAAAUAUACCAUCAAUUUUUUGUUCCAACUUAAGGAAGCAGACUUCAAACUGGUAGGUGAUAUGUAAGUGGUGAAGUUUAUGCAAGAAAGAAGAUGGAUAACUACAGUCUUUGGCCUUAUCCUCAAAGGCAAGACCCUGGUCACACUUUGACAGACAGCAAAUGAACGUUUGUUGAAAUAAAAUAAUUUAGUCCUAGUCAUGUAAGAUAAGAGGCAUUCUACUGCACUGUGAAUUACUUCACAAUUAGAUUUUAAGGAUUAAUUAAAAUAUUUGUAGAUAGAG